GUUAUUAUGUGAAAAAAGUGUCACUUAAGUGUCUCAGUUGUGUUGUAUUCCCAUUGCAUGGUUAUUUGAAGCCUCUAAAUGUGUUUGUAUGAGAUUACCAGGCGUGCCGCUCUGCCGGCAGCGCCUGUGCCGCAGCUGUCUCGGGACAUCGAUUCUGUGUUGCGUUGUUCUUUACUUGUUCUUAUGCAUUUUGUCAAGUUGGGAUGAUUGGGUAAAUUGUUGUAGAGUGCAAGUGUUCAGAAAGUGUCCCACUGUAGCUAUCACCAGCGCGACAGAUGUGUGUGCUGCCGGCCAGUCGGCCCCGCGCAGCCUCGGAGCGGAGGCGUCAGGAGGGGCGGUGUGAGACGGAGGCAGGAGUUGAGGAGCAGCCAGCGGGGAGGAGAAGAUUCCGCGCUGUGUGCAGGUGGCCACAUCUGUAUGAAAUGGCUCUACUGAAUCGUUUAGAGAGAACUGGCGCUGCGUCUUAUACCGUGCACGUGAAUGUUGGUGGGGCUUGCGUCACGCUGGGCGGGAGGCCGGCGGCCUGCACCUCUGCCGCUGAGCCUCUGAGCGCGCGGAUACAGCGGAGAUGCGUCUGCGCGGGUGGAAGUCCGGCAAGGUGCCGAUUGGCUGAUGAUGACAUCACCCAGUCAAGUUCUAUUGUUGGAAAGAGGAUGAGCUCAUCGUUGAGAAGCCAGUUUCAGAGAGCAGAGCGAGGACAGAGGACGCAGCAGCAGCGGACAGAACGAGUCUGGGCGAGGACGUGAGCAGGGACACUUCCAGUGAGUAAUAUUAGUAUCAGCAUUCUGCCUGGGGGGGAAGACUCUCCCUAUUUGCUGGAAUCGAAGCGCUAAGAGUAGGAAACGUGUGAGAGCAGCUCCCAGCCGCGCGCACUGCAGAGACGACUCAGCCUUGUGUCUGCAGCAGAGCAGAGCCUCCAGGUGUUACAUGCGCUGCGUGUUGUGCUGCAGAUAUGGUGUGGUCCCGGGAGAGAGAGGCGGAGCGGCCCCCGCUGUCCGUCAUCCUGCCGCGGCUCUACCUUGGAGCGGAGAGCGACGUGACGCAGGACCGCCUGGCCUCUCUGGGUAUCUCCUAUGUGCUGAGUGUGAGCCGCUGCAGCCCCCAGCCCUCCUUUCUGCCUCGCUCCAAAUAUCUUCGCAUCCCCAUUGACGACUCCCUGUGGGACGACCUGCUGCCCUGGAUCCCACAGGCUCUGCAUUUCAUCGAUGCGGCCAUGUCCUCCGGUGCCUCUGUGCUGGUCCACUGUGCAGCAGGGAUCUCUCGCUCCCCGGCUCUGGCUGUAGCCUACAUCAUGUACAGCCUGGGACUGGACCUGGACCACGCCUACAGGUUUGUGAAAGAGCGCCGGCCCUCCAUUUCCCCAAACUUCAACUUCCUGGGUCAGCUGCAGCACUUCCAGGGCACUCUGGACAAUCGCCUGCCGUCCAUGAGAGACAGAGUUAACCGCAUACGCUCCAGUCCGAACAUGAAUGGUCAGGCUGACGGUGUGAGCGGCGACUCCGCGGAGGUCAAGCAGGCACACAGAGAGAAUUUCUACCACACAGACAAAACCCAGCAGCGACACUCACAUCCAGGUGGAAGUGGAAACCUGUCAGGGAAACUUCGGACUCUUCAUUUGAAUCUCAGUCAAAACCAGCAGCAAGUCCAGACGCCAUGUGAGGUUCCAGCUCCAAGCCCCUGUGAGCCAGCAGCAAAGCCCACACAACUACAACUCCCAGCAGGCUCUGCUUCUCUAUUAGAGAAACGCAAAAGCCUCACCCUCUCUUUAACCCCUCUGGGAAUCUGCCCUCCCUCCCUAGCAAGCAGCAGCCAGCAAGCAAGGGGCACCAUCAUGUCCAAAAGUGUCCACAGUAAGGAGACGGGAGAAAGGGCCGAGGCAAAGACACAGAGCGGGCAGGCAGAGGACACACACGGCGAGCAGAGUCCCUCCCACAGCGAGUGCAGCAGAGCCGAGGCGAAGGAGCAGGGCCUGCUGUCGCCGUUCAGCCUCACCCUCAACAAGCUGCUGGGCUGGGGGGAGAGGGUGCUGCUGGGAGGGGUGUUUGUCCACCCUGUAAGGAUGGGACAGCCUGCAGUGCCGUACAGGUGCUGAAGGUGCUGGGGGGGGGGUCUGUGCAUGUUUGUCAUAGCGUACAUCAGGAGGUCUGAAAGAACUUUUGUCUUCUGUUGAUUUAUUUAUUGCAGAGCUGAAUAUAAGAACUAUACUUGACAAUAAACCUCCACACGAGUGCGUCUUGUGUGCUACAUAUGGACACUGGUCCGCUUUUCUUGUCGUUUGUAAGAUUUAAAAGACUUUUGGCGCGGUGGCUUGAAAUGUAUUUACUGCUGAUUAAAGAUGACGUUUCAACCUGC